AUGAUAAGCCUGGAAUUUCUGGUGCGCAUGACAGUGGCCGUCGUGGUGUCGUGUGUGAUUAUACUGGCUUACUAUGGAACCUACAUCCGGUAUUCGUCACAUUCACACGUCAUUUCCGCUAUAGAGCAGCCGCAACCGGAAGUGACGGAAGACAUCUAUUUUUCUACGUUACUUUACAAACAGAAAAAGACGGACAACACAACACAAUGGCAAUGCAGGUUCCACGAGAACGUGGCCUUCAUGAAAAUCCAUAAAUGUGGCUCUUCGACGACCCAAAAUAUCUUCUUGCGAUUUGGACACGUCCAUCGUUUACUAGUGGCGUUGCCAAAAGGAGAGGACAAGCCCCAGAUUGGGCGCUUUGGCAAAAUCACGGAAGACGACUACGAAGCGCCACCUAGGGGAACACGUUGGAACGUCUUUGCUCACCACGCUGUGUAUAACAGAUCUGGCAUUCUCCGACUCAUGCCUGAAGACACAAAGUUUGUGGCAAUUUUGCGAGAGCCAGUGGAUCGUUUCUUAUCUGCAUUUAUCUACUUCAAAAUGGCGAAAUAUUUUCCAGGGAUGAUAGGCUCUUCUCGCCCGCCCAGGAAUGCCCGGAGUACCCUAGACAGGUUUAAAGCACGACAGAAAAGAGGGCAAAGACGAAUAGCUGUGUCGAACAAAAAAGGUCCACCCAGAAACUCGAUAUCUCGUCACACGUCGCCUGUUUCGAGAAGCAGUACUCUGAAUCCAGCCAUCCUGCAAUACUUACAGAACCCCGCUAGAUGGGACAACAUCUAUCGUCCCGGGGGACCCACAGAUCCUAACUACGAACACGCAUGCGUCAGGAAUUGUAUGGUGCGAGAUCUCGGGUUUCCCGAGAGUUUGUACGAGAACUCGGAGGCCAUUGGUGAUUUUAUUGAAGGAAUCGAACAGGAUUUCACACUGGUGAUGAUUCUCCAAUACUUUGACCAGUCUUUGGUGCUUUUGAAACGGAAAAUGUGCUGGUCCAUCCGUGAUAUUCUCUACGACCAUAAGCACCGAACAAAAAAUGGCAAAGCGACCAAACCAAAUAUAACCGACGAAAUGAAACAAACGUUUCUAAAACAUAACAAUGCAGACUCCAUGUUAUUUCAACAUUUUAAUGACUCUUUGUGGAGGCAAAUCAGCCAGGAAGGGGAUGACUUUCAAGCGGAAGUGCGUCAUUUUAAACAAGUAAAUAUAGAAGUCACGCAGUACUGUGGCAACAAAAACAAGACAAGUCCGCUCGAGGUCGCAAACAGCACCUGGAAUGAAGAGUUUUCAGUAACUCCUAACUUCUGCUCCAUGCUGGGUCGAACCAGACAAACAUGGGAUGGGAUUUUACGAAGUCGAUAUCCGAACAGCAAAACUGUGGAAAUACUGCGUCCCCGGUACAGGGGAGUUUACAGAAAGGUGAAGAUGUACAAGAAACAUGGGAGUUUGGUUCAUGGCAGGCCGGGGAGUUAGCGACGGAAUUCGAACUUAACCGAAGCAUCGCUAUUUAAGUG